AUGGAUACUAUCAAUAAAACAACAAAGUCCGCCAGUGAGCACACAGAAGAACAGAAACAACACUUCUACAAUAACUUGCCUGUCAAUGAGAGAGAGAACAAGUCUUACACUGAAUGGGUAAGGGAAGCCUACCAGGAGCAAUACGAGAAGUGGAUGCCGUGGAUCGAAGACCAGUACUUGAAAUGGUUUGGCAAGGGCGACAACAAGGCGUCUUAUGCCACUAAAGAUACUUUGAACAAGUCAAAAGUUACCGGCGUUAGCCAGAUCGAUCAACUGCAAGAUGAUGUCCACAACGUUGUAGGUAACCAGCUUGGUGAGAACGGAAUCGCAGCACCAAUUGGAAAUCUGGCUAGCAAAGAAGGAAUCAACCGAGCGCAGAGAAAUGGGAAGAACGAGAAAGGAUCAUAUGGCAGCCCUGUUGCUGGAUAUACGGAUUCUAUGAUCAGUGGUACAAAAAAUAGUGCCCAAUAUAUUGGAAACUCGAUCUCGGGAAGCGCAAAGAAUGCUGCAAGCUAUAUGGGACUUGGGAGCGGCAGUAGCCAAUCUAAAGAAUGA